GGUCUGCUCAGCCACUGAACUCUUGUUCCUAAGUUCUCUUCUCACCUCUCUUCAAUAGCACCACCAACAACACUUCCUCUUGACCUCUAUCAGUAGUACCUUUCAUCUUGCAGAAUCUGUGCCUUCUAUUCUCCUCAACUUUGAAUCCAAAGAUUGAUUUGGUUUCCUUUUCCAUUUUCAAGGGAGGAGGAAGUUUCAACGAAAGUCUCCUCAAUCAAACUUCUCUAUCUGCAAUCAAUCACCAGCAUCCCAAUAUAUCUUUCUUACCCAUAUGACAUUAAAAGUUCUUCUUUUCUCUUUAUUCCUCUCACUCUCUACCUUCUUCCGUUUUUAAUAUCUCCAGCGAUUUUCUUUCCCCUUUUUUUUCACUCUUUUUCCCCUUUCAGUACCCACCUUUUCAAUUCUUUUGGAAGAUAAAAAACCCCAUCAUAAAAGCCCAUCCUUGUGCCUCACGAUUCUCUCUCUUUUUAUAUUCCAAAACUUGGGUCUAUUUGUUUCUCCAGGCACACUGUGUUUCUUUACCAAAACAGAACACUCAACACAACACAACACAUGAUGGAAAUGGAAAUGGAACAGAGUUUCCUAUGCAAAUACACAGAGCACCACAGCAUCACCAAGAAGCUUGUGAAGGGAAAAACCAUGGAGCCCAGAGUGGUGAGCAUAUCUGUCACCGACCCAGACGCCACCGACUCCUCCAGCGACGAAGAAGGAGGAGGAAGCAGAGGAGAGAGGUUCUUCCGCCGGAGAACAAAGCGCUAUGUCAACAGGAUCGAGAUUGAAACCACCGCCACCGUUUCAAACCCACGGAAAAGGCCAGCCGUGAAAACACCGUCAUCCCACCGGCGGCCGGCGAAGGUUCCGGCGGUUAACGGCGAUGGGAGGAAGUUCCGCGGUGUCCGGCAGCGGCCGUGGGGGAAAUGGGCAGCGGAGAUUCGAGAUCCGGCGAAGAGAGUCCGCCUUUGGCUUGGCACCUACAACACGGCGGAGGAGGCCGCCAUGGUGUACGACAAUGCCGCGAUUCGACUCCGUGGACCUGACGCGCUGACGAACUUCGUCACGCCGCCGCAGAAGGAAAAUGAAGAUGCUCCGCCGCUUCCGGUGGCUGUGAAACCUGAAAUGAAGGUCACCGUCGACGCAGAAGCCUCGUCGAGUUACGACUCCGGCGACGACCACCGGUGUCGCAACCUCUCGUCUCCAACCUCAGUCCUCCAUUUCAGAACCAACUCGACCGAGUCACAAAAACCGGUCGAACCAGAAGAUACAACAACCGAACCGGAAUCAGCUUCAUUUUCUGGUUCAGGGGUUUUGUUCAGUGAGUACCAAAGCCAAAGCCAAGGUGAAACGACAUCAUUGUUUGAUGAAACGACAAUGGAUGUCACGAUUCCUUCAUGGGAUGAUGUUUUCAACUACCAAGCCACUGAUUACCCUCUUCUCUUUGAAGAAGAACCAGCACAGAUUUUCAGUGACACGACGCCGUUUGGUGGUUUAGAUGAAGAUUUCUGCAGUGAUAGCAUUUUCCUUGCUGAUUCUCUCAUAGACUUUGAUAUAGCAUGCCCUCCUCCUCCCUCCAACUCAUGCCAGGCGGAUGAUGAUUUCUUUCAAGACAUUUGUUUCGGCUCCGAUCCUCUGGUCGCACUCUGAAACCCAGAAGCUACUCACAACAAUGCAGCCGUCGCUUCUCGGCAAAUUUUGGUUCACGGGAAAAAUUAAAAUAAAUUAGUAGUUUUAUUUAUUUAUUUAUUUGCAUUUUUGUUUAUUUUUUUGGAUACUCCGUUACGAAUAGGUAAUGGAGUAGCGUUGAGUGAAAUUUUGUUUUUACAUUUUAGUAAUAAUAGUAUAAUAUUACCAUGUCCUAUAAUUAGGAUGGUUUUGUUUGAGAUGAGAGAUGUAAUGUAUAUUGUUCAGGUUAAUGAACUAAAUUUUAAUAGUACUAUGAGAGUUAUGUUCAA